UUGGCCGUCCCGAGAUGUGUAACUAGCGACAUUUAGCAACGUCGUUAGUGUUAGCAAAAUAGCUUCUGGGUCAAGUAAAAAAAAUACUUUAGAAAUUUAAAAUAACUGCAUUUAUAUAGAGGCACAAUGUCUCGGUAUGAACUGUUUGAGAGCCAAACCGUGUCGAUAAUGACGCUGUUAGCGGACACAGCACGUGCUGGGAUUUACAGGGUUUAUCAUGACAACACAGAUACACAGAAAGAGCUCAAGCUGGCACAGCUUAAUGCCAUCGUGGAGUUUUUGGUGAAGGAGGCGGUACGAAAAAUCUGCCUUCUGUACAAGUUAUGCAGCAUAGAGAAGGAUUGCAAUGCAGUGGACCUGGCCAGUUUAACUGAAAGAUCAGGAAAUGCACAAAGUCUGCCCGAGCUGAUGGAAUCAUCUAUACAACCCGAAUAUGCUCAAACUACAAUAUCUGGAGGAGCUGUAUAUCUCUUAGUGACUGGGGAAAAGUUAUCUGCUUCAACUCCACAGCAUGAUGUCAUCAAAGACCAUGAGUGUCAUGCCACUUUGGAGCUUGAAUCGGCGACAGCCAUUAGCUCUUCUGUGAAGAUGGAAGAAAAUGGAAAAAAGAACCAAACCGUCUUGAUAAUGAAAGAUGCAGACUCUUUUGCUGUCGAAGCUAAAAAUGCAGUAAUUACUCCAGCUGUACAAGCCAUUGUACAACCAGCCAAGCUGAAGAAGAACACGUCCUUUAAAUGCGAUGUGUGUGAAAGGACUUUUACAAUGAAGCGUUACUUAAUGCGGCACAAGCAAGUACACUCCAAAACACUGCAUCACACCUGCAAUGUGUGUGGGAACAAAUACAGAUUUUUAAGCGCACUGAACAAACACCUCCUGUCGCAUGGCAAAAAGAAGAGAGAGGCACAUCCAUGCAAAACAUGUGGGAAAAGCUUUGUCAAUCUGGACAAGCAUGAACUCAUCCAUUUAAACGUAAAGCCAUAUCUUUGUGGUGUGUGUGGAAAAGGCUUCACUCUAGAAUCGGUUUUACUGGCACACCAGAGACUACAUACGGAAGAAAAACCGUAUCAGUGUGAGACGUGUGGGAAACGCUUCACUCAAUCCAGCACCCUCCACAUUCACAAGAGGGUUCACUCAGAAGUGAAGCCCUGGAAGUGCAGCCUGUGUGACAAGGGUUUCAAGAGGCAGUCAAGUUUAAAAAAGCACAGUAUUGUCCACACUGGAGAGAAGCCACACACGUGUGAAACUUGUGGCCAGACGUUUGGUCAUAGGGCAAAUUUGAAAAGACAUGUCCUUAAUCACUUGGGUGCAAAGCCACAUGUGUGCAAGGUCUGUGGUAAGCGCUAUAGUCAGAUGAGCUCGCUAAAGGAACACAUGCCAGUGCAUGGAACAGCCAAACCCUUCAUGUGUGAGACAUGUGGAAAGACCUUUGUGUACAAUUAUGCCCUGAAAAAUCACAUGUGGACACACGUGGACACUAGAAAAGCACGUGAGGCUGAAAAGAACCCUAAGUGCUGUGAAGUCUGUGGGAAAUUUUACAGUUCAUCUCAUGCUCUGAAAAUGCAUCAGAAGCUUCACUCUGAAGACAGUUCGUUUAACUGUAAGACGUGUGGCAAGACUUUCAGCAGUAUGUCUGGCCUGUAUGCACACAAACAGAGUCAUACUGGGGUAAACGUUUUCAGGUGUGAUCUAUGCAAAAAGACUUUUGUUAACAAAGCGUAUCUGAAAAUGCAUGAGUUUUUACACACCAAUGAAAAACUCCAUAAAUGCUUGCUUUGUGGAAAAGGAUUCAGUCUGGCAAAUGGACUUAAGCUGCAUAUGCUUAUUCAUACGGGUGAAAAACCCCAUACGUGUGAAAUAUGUGGCAAGUCUUUUAGCUUAUUGGGAAAUUUACGGAGGCAUAAUCGCAUUCACACUGGAGAGAAGCCAUUUAGCUGCAAAGUUUGUGGGAAAAGAUUUAGCCAGCCAAACAGUGUGAAGGCGCACAUGCAGAUGCACACUGGUGUUAAACCAUACUCUUGUGAGAAAUGUGGAAAGAAGUAUGCUUAUGUUAGGAAUUACAACGAUCAUAAAUGUGUGCCUGUGUAAAAAGUGUAAAAAAAAAAAAAAAAAAACAUGCUAUGGCACUGGUCAAAGUUUAAUAGCAGAGGAGCCAACAUUGGCAUUAAAAAAUUCAUGCAACAUAGCAUGCAGAGAAUUGUGGUUUAUUUUACAUCUAAUGCUUGUCUGAUUUGUUGUUCCUGCCAGAAUUUUUUUGUUUGUUUGUUUUUUCUGAUCACUACUUAGACAUAGAAAAUCUGUACAUGCUACAGUUUUCAUGAACACCUAGGGAAAGCUCAGAUAUGCCCAGAACAUGGGCAUUAUUUAUAGAAGUACAGAGAGUAUGUCAAUCCGCAAUUCUCUUAACAUUUUUUUUUUCUUAGUGCAUAUGAUUAGUAUUUUAUGUGCAUUGUUUAUAAAGAAAUUUUACAGCUGCUCAGUUCUAUGUCUUUCUUCCACAAUGCAUAUCAUGAGGUAAAAUGUUUUUG